CCCCUUCACUCCAAGUUCCCCACCCCCAAAACACUUGCACUUUUAACUCUAAGCCAAGAAAGCAAGUUCACUAGGGUUUUAAGAGAAGAUCAAAAAUGGCAUCAAAAAGAUCAGCUUCCAUGGCCCUCUUUUUGGCACUCAACAUUCUCUUCUUUUCCCUGGUCAGUGCUUGUGGUUCUUGCUAUUCACCCACCCCUAAACCAAAGCCAAACCCCAACCCCACCCCCACUCCAUCUUCACAAGGCAAAUGCCCUAGAGAUGCCCUUAAAUUAGGUGUAUGUGCUAAUGUGCUUGGCUUAGUCAAUGCCACUGCUGGUUCACCCCCAGUGAUGCCAUGCUGUUCGCUUCUUAAUGGCCUCGUCGAUCUCGAAGCUGCUGUUUGCCUUUGCACCGCUAUCAAAGCUAACAUCUUAGGCAUCAACCUUAACAUUCCAGUUUCCCUUAGCUUGCUCCUCAACGUUUGCUCAAAGAAUGUUCCUUCCAACUUCCAAUGCUAAGUCUUCACUGUUCCCAACAUUCUUUCUAGUCUUCCUUAUUGUGUUUGGUUAUUGAAAGUUACGGUUUCCGACAUUUGCAGUAAACCGGCGGUUUUUCAUUUGUAACUUUAUUAUUUCAAUUUCCUUGUGAGGGAGGGAUACUGAAUAAAUUUAAUACUUCUCUUCAAGUGUUUUUCUUUUGGGGUUUUUUUAUCUCCAAAAGACAUGAAAAAGACUUGUAUUAUUCCCUUGCUUUUACUAUUGGAUUUUGUAUGUGAACAAGUCUAGUUUGAACGAAUAAUAAAUCUUUAUUCGUA